AGCUGGGCGGGUAAACAAACAUGUCCGCCCACCGCAACGCUAGCAAGGUAGUGGUGGUCAAAAAAUGGACAGAUUCUACCUUUACCAUCGACACCAUCCUCAGGGCGGACCUGGAGGCGAACAAUAAGGGGUUUCUUGCUAUACUAGGGGACGGCAGACUCUUCCUCACCACGUGGCUUAACAAGAAAAUAAGUACAAAAGUUAUCGAGGAAGUUUCAGAUGGGUGCUGGCAGCGAGGUGGCGAGGAGAGCGAGGUGGUCAUCACUCGGCAGACUGGUGCGCUGGUCCGGUACUCCCUGCACUUUGAUACGGGGCUGUCAUGCUCCCUCCAGCUGUCUGCACCCUCCCUCCUGGCGCUUAUAAGGGAGAGGGACUCAAGCAUUCGGUCACUGCGCAAUGCCAAGGUCUGGGGACACAGCCAAGAGCACAUCCUGCUGCAGCCCCAGAGUGACCGCCUGGUGCUGCUCGCCACCAAUGCAGGCGGCUGUCCUUCCUGCCAUGGGGUGAUGCGUACACCACCCCUCCGCACCGCACACCUCUGCUACUCCAAGAUCAUCGCGCAGCCCAUCACUGGUGCUGAGCUUUAUGAGUAUGAGUUAAAGAACUGUCGCCUCCAUGAGCUGGUGAGUCUGGGGCUGCAGCGAGUGGGGUCACAGUACACAGAGUGGGGUGCGCUGGCGUGCUCCACUUCGGGGGACACCAUCGCCAUCAUGGACACAGAGAGACAUCUCUACGUGACAGACUUCCGGCAGAGGGCACAGCUGGGCAAGAAAGGUGGAGUGGCCAGGUCACGCGUCACCCUCCACCAAGUGAUAUGGCCCUCCAGCAUGCAGCCGUCACAAAUCAGGGAGGUCACAUUGGGCCUCUCUGACACCCUCCUCACUGUGUUUUGUCUGGUGGAUGAUGGCAACACAGAAUUCUAUAACUACCUGAGCUUUGACAUUGGCCUGAGCAGCAUGAACAGCCACCACCGCUUUGGGGAAACAGUGGCCAUCAUCCCUGGCACCACACACCACCUGCCAGACCUCUUUCUCACCCCAGAUGGCGUGGCGAUGCUCAUGGACGAGGAUGCCUCCAUCAGCAGUGUGGACUCAGAGGUGGACCUUGGGGAGCUGCUGAGUGGGCUGCGGGAGGGCCUGGAGGAGCAGAGCAUGGCCAAGGUGACGGAGGUGAAGGCAAUGGUGGAGCAAGGCCUGAGUGUGUUUCUGGCCUCGUGCAACCAUCAGGAGGACUGGGUGGGUCUGGCAGAGAUGCGGGCAAGACAGUACGGCCAGCUGGCAGAUCUCCUCCUGGGCUACAUCCCUCAGUAUGCUCAAAACGAGAACUCCCGAGCCUUUGCCCUGUCACUGAAGUACCUGGCCACUCACCACUUUCAUAGCAUCCUGGAGGAGAUGAACAAUGUGCUGAAGUACAUUGAUGAUGAGAACAUUUCCCAGAUGGUCCUUCAAAUGUCAGAACAGGUGUCCUUUUACCAGCGCAGUGCUGAGAUGUUACAGCUUCCUGAGACAGACUUUCAGGCCGGCCAUGCAGAGCUGUAUGAUGCGUGGGGAGACAAGCCCAUGAAGAAGAUAGUGGAGGAUGCGGUGAGCAAGGAGUGCCUGAAGGCGGCGGAGUCCUACCUGCAGCUGAAGCCCUGGGUAUAUGGCACAGUCACCACCUCCACCCUGCUGGCCUGCUGCAUUGACGUGGCACGGGAGAAGGCCACAGAGGAGGCUCAGCUCAAUGUUAUGCUGGUGGCUAUUGAGGACUACGGGGAAGCCCUGCACCGGCUGCUGCUCUCCAGCGAUGACCUGUUUGAGGUGCACAUGGUGGGGCGGGCACUGGGGGCGAGGGGCCUGCUGGGGGCUGGCGAGGCACUGGCUGUCACUGUGGUGGUGGCUAUACACAGGACGCUGCCAGACCUGCUCACCCUGCCUCCCAGGCGAUGGGUGGAGCUUGUGAGCCAGGCCGAGUCGUGCCCCACUAAGGUGACGGCCCCCAUCACGGUGGGUCAGGUGGCUGGCUGGUCCAACCUGGCCAUGAUGUUUGUACUGUGUGAUCUCUUUGCCUACAGUGGAGAGGUGGAGACACUGGGGCCAGUGGAAGGUGCAGCAGCCUGGCAGUACCUGCUGCACCAGCAUGAUCUCAGAAACCUGCGGCGCUGGCUGGACCGGGAGUUUGUGGCCCCUGAGGAGGAUGCAGGAGGAGGUGAGGAGGUGCCCCUGGAGGAAGCUGCCUGGCUGCAUCCCAGCAACAGGUUGUCCAGGCUGGAGGGCAGCAAUGGAGGAGAGAGGGGCAGCCACACCCCAGAGCCAACAUAUUCUGCCUUCAACCUGCUGAGUGAGCCGCUCUACAGCAGCGAUGUGGAGUCAUCAGUUCGCUCACAUGACUCACUGGACUCGGCCUCAGUGGCAGCCAGCGAGGGCGACACCUGGAGCGUGCGCAGCUUUGAAAUGCACGACCGGCGGGAGACAGUGUGGCCAGCAGAACGCCUGUGGCCCAUCACGCAAGCCAUGGUGGACCUGCUGAAGGCCACUGACCCCUUCUCAGAUCUGCUGCUGAACCUACUGGCCCAGCGAGGUGUCUUUGCCUCCGAGGAGCGUGUCUCGGCCCCAGCCCUGGUGCGUCGCCUGCAGGUGUCUGGGGCCAUGGCAGCCGUGAGGAACCUGGGAGGGGAGCAUCCCUGCCAGACUUUUGGGAGGGACAUCCACAGGACAGUCUUGCAGCAUAUGACUGCCAAAGGUCUGCCUCUCCCAGCCUAUGACUAUGCUGGUGACUUCAGCCCUGAAGGCAUGGAAGGUGUGGAGGGGCCGGCCUGGACCAGGAUGGUGCAGCCCUUCAUGAACCUCCUGGAGGUGAAGGACAGGCAGGCAGUGUUUCGUGCCUGCCUCACCAACCUGCAGGUGGUAGUGGAGCACUGCCAUAGCUCUCAGGAGGUGCUGCUCCCUGCCUUCCUCACCAUGCUGUAUGCUCCCAGCCACACCCUGAAGGACUUCCUGGACCUGGAGGGAGACAGGCCCACCUCAGGACAGCAGGGCAGUGAUGGAGAGGUGGAGCAGUUGUGUGGCCUGCUGGUCCAGCACUCCCUCACCCCCCAGCAGGUGGUGGAGGGCCUGGUGGAGUCCUUCCCUUAUCUGCACAAGGUGUUCCAGAAGGAAGAAAGUAAUUCAGCUGAUGUGACGGUGUAUGACCUCCUGUCUGGUGCAGUGCCCUUUGACCUGACGCGACUCUUCACCUUCCAGGAGCACAACAGACAUGGCUACGACGAGCAGACCAAGUUGCCGUGCUGGAGUGAUGAGGAGCUGGUGAGUCAACACGGCAUCCACCACAACCUGGACGCCAUGUACUACCUGAGGGAGGGCCGCCCCACCUAUGCCUGCGCUUCACUGCUGGCUGCCUCACUCUCCUCCACAACACCCUCCUCCAAGGCCAGACUGGAGGACUUCCGCAACAAAGUGUAUGGUGUUGCCCUGAGCAGCUGGCCAGACCGCUCAGUGUGCUCAGCCUGUGUGGCAGUGUUGCUCAUGGCCGGCCUGGACGCUGAGAUGCUGCGAGUGAUUCUGACAUCUGCCUACUUGAUCUACUCAAUCCGCACCUCAUGGCGUGGCAAGCUGAGUCAGGAGAAGAAGAAAGGACAUGAGAGCCUGGUUGAGUCUGACAUCAGCUGUGUCCUGCAGCAUCUGUGUGCUGUGGACACCAGGAUGGAGGCAGCUGCCACUCUCUUGGAGAUGCUGGAGGCCAGUGUCAUCCUGUCAGCCUCAGACAGGCUGUUGGACACGAAGGGAACACACGGGCCAAGUGACCUGCUGGCAUCGGGCAUGCCCCUGAGUCCUGUGGUGGAGACCCUGGGCAAGGUGUUCCAAGAUGCUCUGACACAGCAGCAGGUUCAGACCAUGUGUGAAGGCACCAGGCUGUGUGUGGAGUUUGCCUUGCUGUACUCUCUGCCAUGGCCCUGCAAGCUGCUCACCAAGCUGGCUGAAGCUGACCAGUGGGUGAUCUUCCUUGUUUUGGUGCAGGUGUUCAACUUUCCCAAGAUGGAGGUGCUCAAGGCGGCCGAGUCAUUCAGCGUGGUCUCCCUACGGGAACACAUGACCCUGGCCAUCUCCCAUGUGUGCUACUACAAGAAGAGGACGGAAAGGAUGGGAAGGUCUGCCCGCAGCAAGAGGUCAGCACUGUAUGCCAAGAUUGGCAUCAAAUCCCGUGAGGGCUCCCCAUCGUCAAGCCAGAGUGGAGAUGAAAGGGGCAGGAGUUCCAGUCCCAGUGAUGUGGAUGCUUCAACAGUGGAUGAUGCAAUGUCCCUCACCACAACAGAGACCAACCUGGACCUUGGGGUGGACACCUGGCUUGCGAAGAACCCCAAGGAUCUGUUCUCGGUCCUGAUGCAGUGCCACUUGCAGGAGAACCCUCCCGGGGAGCUGAUCACGGCAGCAGCCGCCCUCGGCCUGCCUGUGCUGGCUUCGUUUGCUGGUUGUUACGGGAAAGAUAAUAUCAUUCUGUGCCUCACAGUGUUCCUGUACACAAAGCUGCCACACAACAUCAAGAUGACGCUGCAUCACAGGAUUGCCAAGAAGGACAUUCCACCUCCACCUGCUGGGAACAAGCCAGAGAAGGACCAGGUUCCCUCCCGGAAGAAUAACUGCUGCCGUGCUUGUGACAUGGGCAUCCUGUGCUGUGGGCCGGUGGAGCUGCGGCUCAUUGUGCUGGCCCACAUGUCCAUUGGCCUGGUGCACGUGGUGAGUGAUGGCCUGAGGGCAUUCAAGCGGCAUCAUUCCCUCCAGCAUCUCACCCUGGCCAUCCAGGAGGCCAAGGGCGUGUGCAACCAGGAGCUCAUGGCCAAGCGGCUGUCAGACAGUGCCAAGUUCAUGAACAAAGAGUUGGAGGCAGAGCAGCCAAGCACUGGGAUGGGACCUGAGUGGGCGAUAGCCAUGGCCCGAGACAUCAUUGCCACAGCCCUGGAUGAGUACCUGACCAACAGCCAUCAGCGCCGUCAUUUCAUCUCGGCCCUCACUGCUGUUAGUCAGCUGCCACCAUUCUGCAACCACUCAAUCAACUGGAUGCUGGUGGGUCAGCUAUGUGAGGUGGUGGGAGAGGUCAGACACAAGAUCAGCUAUAAGGAGCUGCUGGAGAGUUUUGAGGCAGGCACGGUCAAGGACUUUGCUAGGGAGGUUGUGGAAGGCCUGAGGGAGAAGCGGUGUUUCUCAGAGGCCCUGCAGGUGUGCCAGCUGGUGGACCUGCCAGUGUUUACCAUCGUGUGUGGCCAGCUGAGGGCAGAGUUUGAGAAUGGAAAAUUGAGCGUGAGAAGCAGCUACACUGGCCUAGAGCGCUUCCUGUGCCGUGGCCACAAGCAGCUGUGUGAGAAGACAGUGCCCCCAGAACACGCCUGCACCUUCUUCACCACCAUUAGUGAGGAGGUGCCCCUGAGUGCCAUGCAGUACCUGUGCCUGCAAUAUGCCCUGGUGUGGUGCUACAAGUCUCUGCCACACCCACACCCCAACACCACUGAUUCACUGCACACUCAGGGCCCCCACUCACCUCCCCCUCAGGAACCAGUCUCCCCACAGCCACACACACCUCAGUCUGAAGACCCAGCAGAGUCCCUCAUGACCACGCUGGAGCACAGGAUGUGGAGGGCAUACAUCCAGUCCCAUUGCAACAAGGAGGCGGAAGCUGGCUGCCUCUCAGUCUCCCUGCCCGAGGUGUUGGGCAGGUGGCCAUGGGAGGGAGAGGAUGGGGUGAGCAGUCUGGACAUGGGGCAGAUAUUGAAGGCAGCUGGCCUCACUCCUGCCUUCCUCACCCUCAGUCUCUCCAACUUGAGUAAUUCCUCCAUGCCUGACACCAAAGAUGGCACAAGUUGCACUACAGCCGGUCAGGCAGGAAAUGAGGCAUCCUCCAGCCAGGGCAACAGUGGGGAUGAGCAGGAUGAGGCCAGCAGUGGACAGCAGGAAGGUGAUGUCCAAGAGGAGGAGGACAAGUGCUGGGCCAUCCAAGAGCUGGUAGACACAUUUAUAGACCGAGGGAUGCUGGUCACUGCCUGCCGUGUUCUCAUUGCCUUUGGGGAGGACAGCAGGAACAUGCAACGGUUGCUGCUGCUGCUGAGACUCGCUGAGGGCAGCAAGAUGGACAUGGCUGAGAAGGAGGCAACCCCACAGAACCCCGUCAGCCGCAGAGACAAGCAAAGAACACUGAGCCGCAGCAGCACUCGAGGCAGCAUCUACAGCACCACCUCACUUGAUGAUGAUCUCAGCACUCACAUUGCCCCCCUCAGCAGAGUAGUGGCUGGCCUGGCAGUGGGACGCAGGACUACGGAGCGAAUCAUUGUGCUGUACAAGGUGGCACUGGUGCUGGACCUCUCCUACUUGUAUGUGGUGCAUCACCCCAACCCCAUCACAUUGCUGUCCCUGGUGCUGCGCCUGCAUCGCUGUGGCAUGGUGCAGCUGGCUCGGGACCUCAUCCAGGCCAUGCCCAUUCGUGAUGCUGACGUGCAGAGCUUCCUUGUGGAGGAGGCUGUGGCCACCAUUGCUGCCGGGCCAGAGGCCACACGCAGCAGCCAGAGGGACUGCCUGCUGCUGUGGGAGGAGCUGGAGGCGCAGUGGAAGGAGCUCAUCACCCUCACCAAGGACCUGUCUGGCCUGGCCACACAGCUCCUGGAUGUGGGCCAGUGCCUCGGCUCAUCCUACCCUGACCAGGUGGAGAAAGUGCACAGCAUGAGUGUGGAGUUGGUGGUGCGGGCACACGACUGCUUCACUGCUGCGUCUAACAUGGAGGGCAUUGGUACUGUCCUGCGCACCGCCCUGUCCCUCACCACCUCACUGGUCCAGCACACCCAGUGGUCCCUGCUGGUCCGUCUACUCAUCGGCAUUGGGAGGUACAGUGAGAUGUCGUACAUAAUUGACGCACUGAGGGAGCACGGGCAGUUUGAGCCGCUGCUGGGGCGCGGCGCUGACCCAUGGGGCAAGGAGAGUGGCCUGGACCGCGCCCUUAUCCACUACCUCCGCUCCAAGGCCCCAGAGGACACUGAGACACUCCAGAUUGUUGCCCUCCACUUCAUGUUGUACUCAGAGGUUGCAGAGAUGUGGGUGACUGAGGCAGAGAAGGCACUGGACCAAGCUCUGGCCAACACUAUAGACCUCACAGCCUCAACCACCACUGCAUCCUCUGCUGCCUCCUCCUCCUCCAGCCCCACCAGUGUGACAACCCCUCGGAGCAGCAGCAGCAGAGGCAUGGCUGGGCAGGAGACGCCAGGCAAGGGGAGCAGGCCGGGCAACAGAGUUGACAGCCCGCCCAGCCCAGGUGUGACCGAGGCCUGUUACCUGGAGCACACUGACCCCAAGCUGCUGACCCAGGCCAUGCAGAGCUAUGCCCAUGCCGCCCAGUGCUUUAUGCAGGACCAGCAGUUUGCCUCAGCCAUGGAGUGCAGUCGCCAGGCUGAGUUGGUGGCCCUGCAGAUCGCGCAUCUCAAGAAGGCUGGCACUGCUCCUGUCCUCAGACUCCUCAAGCUGGGCCAGUCUGCCGUCACCUUUGUCAUCACUCACAAGCUGAGGGUGUGUGAGGCACAGCUGGUGGGACGCGCCUACAAUCACACGGUGGACUGGGGCGCUGCACUCUACCACCAGUUUGUGCGAGGCGGCGAUGAGUCCUACCUGACGGAGUACCUGGCUGUCCUCACCCUCACGCCGGAGGUCACCCUGGAUGUGGUCAAGAAGCUGGAGCACGAGGGCAUCACAAGGGAGCGCAGGGCAAGAGUGGCCAUCCUGCUUACACACGUUGAGGAGUCAGACGCUGUGUACCGAGUGGCCAGCCAGCUCGGAUUAAAGGGAAGUAUUGACACCUGCCUUGCCUCACCUGCUGCUCCUUAUCUGAGGGACACUGUCUUUGUGCAGGGUUGUACCUAUGGCCAGUAAUUGUGGGUGUGUUGGUGUGGGUGGGUGUGGGGUUCAUGUCCAGUGGAAGUGAUGUAAAUGAUAGGGAAUGACAGGAGUGCUGCAAAUCAAAGGGAGUAAAAGGAGAGCAUACAAGAUUGGGUUUGUUUUUCUGUUGCAUUAUAUACAUUUCCACAAAUUAUCUGUAUUUCUAUUAGGGAAGAUGUGCUUUUUAUUUUGUGCAAUUUACCUUAUAAAUAUUAUGUAUGUGAAGGUGAUUUGAUGGUGCGUGUGUGUGUGUGUGUGUUUGUGUGUGCACGUGCACAUGCUCACACCUAAUUAUGCUCUUCAGGAAAUGAGAUCACACUAGUGGCGCCCCAUCCCAGUAUUUGGUUGAUUAUUAGUUCUAACUCUAAUACUCUGAGCACUACUUGUUCUUACUCCACAUGAUUUCACUUACCAUUACACUAAUAAGGAAAAUUCUGUUCCUGUCAACAUUUCCCACAUCUCUCACAAACAUGUCUUCCUUGUCAAAUCACUCCAUUCCUGUCAUUGCUCUAUAUUGCUAUCAAGUCUCUUCUUUCACUCCUUUCCUCUGUCUGAUAACAAUAACAAUGUACAGGGCCUGAGCUACACUGAUAUGGUCUUGUCCAGUAUCUAUAUUUCUCCAGUCUUUCCUUUAGUUGAUGUACACUCCUUGUCUCUCAUCUCCUUUGCCAGUCUAUUCCAGGGAUCUAUACAUCUUUAGGAGAAGCUGUAAUUCUUGCAUCAUUCAAAUUUCACAACUUUACUUUUGUCCUCUCAAGUAUCCAGCCUCUUUUUGUCCCUGCAGUACUAGAUCUUUUCAGUCUUCCUUCUUUAUGCAUGUGUGUCAAGAUCUGAGUUUAGUUUAAGGUACCUUACUUGCAUAUCCCUUUAAUUUACACAUUACUUAUAUUGGUUAAGAAAUGUAGUGUUAUUAUUGCAUGUACUUACUUUCCUUUAGGUUGUGCACCUGAGGACAGCAAGAUCCGAGUUGGACUUGCAGUUAUUGUCUCAGUGUUUUUAAGUUAAUUUAUGUUUUUAUUGCCCACUAGAUGUAAAAGGACACAAUUCUUCAUUUGGACAGAGAUUUACUCAAGAACUGAGUGAGCUUGACUGAUGAUGCGUGUUGUAUUUCUGUGUCUCUGCUUCUGUUUUUCUGUCUGCAUAUUAAUUUGUCUCUGUCUUGUCCUCAAUCUGUCUGUCUCUCUCUCUCUUUCAUACUUUCCUCCCUUUAAUUUUCAGUGUAGGGAAACAAGGAUCUAUUUCACAAUUAUUUAUAACUAUAUUCCUCUUAAUUUCCAAUAUUUCAAUAAUAAUAAUUUAGGAUCCCAAGGAAUAAUCUAAUCCUAGCAUUCAAUAUUCCUUUUAAUUUUCAGUAUAGGAAGAAAUUUAUGAUGUUAUAUGAUUAUCACAUUAUCUUAGUUAUCAGUAGAGCACAGAAUUUAAUGAUCUGCUUUAGCAUUAGUUAAUUAUUCUUGAUUUGCAAUAUAAGGAAAAUAAAUAAUACGUCAUCAUUUCAAUCUUGCAGGACAAACAUAGAAAUAUGUGCAAUUAUAUAUAUUUGAAUAGGUAACAAACAGGUACUUUUUUGUACAUCUACUGUAUAAUUCAUAUAUAUACUAACUAAUCCUUGUGAAAUAUUUUGUGUGUUGCAUUGCAUGGAUCGGAAAUUCCAGUGGCAGCUUUGUAGUAAAACUGACCCUUGCUAAACAUUAAUUCACCAAGAACAAAAUUCACAGUUGCAAAAAUGAGUGGAGAGAAAAGAAAGAAAAUUAACACUGCAUGAAUUAAAUGGGUAAAAAAAAAAUCCAAAAAUUAUUAAAAUCUUGCAUGAAUGGGUACCAAAAAUUUGCCCAAGACUGAAUGAAAUAGGUAAAAAUGUCCAAACUGUAUCCAGCACUGAAUGAAUGGGUAAAAAUAUCCAACCAAAAAUUAUUCAGUACUCAAUGAAUGUGUGAAAAUAGAAAUAUUGAAAAAUUACUCAACACUGCAUAAAAAGGUAGACAUAUCCAAAGAAUUUACCCAUCACUUGAUGGAUGGGUAGAAUGUCUAAAAGAUUUGCUCAACAUUACGGGUUUUUAAAUAUAAGAAUUACUGUACUUUUGACACCAUGUUUGUCAAAAUAUAGGUUAAGUUUUAUUGGAACAUAAGUUGACUGUGCAAGUACAAAUGGUAUGGUGUUCCUAGGACUGUGUAUUGGUAUUAUUAAGGUUAUGAUUUCAUAUGCCAUCCUACUAUAGAAUGCUGUAAUUUUGUAAUUGAUUUUAUACUAUUUGCAAUUAAAACUAAUCUGCAUGAUGAUAACAAUUUUUUAUUAUGAUAACUAAAAGAGUACUGGUGAUAAACACACACACACACAAAGAAAAAAAAAUGGAGAGAUAUUAUGUUCAUUUGUUCUCACAUUGAAUACAUGGGGCUCCCUAAGGCACUAUAUACACCAAACACACACUAUUAAUACUACAACAAUUACUACAACAAUAAAACCCAACAAACACACAAUACUACAACAAUUACUACAACAAUAAACUAUCUGAUAUCAAAACAACAGUGCAGUCAGUGCCAAAAGUCAAGUGAUCUGCUGCACUCACUUCCAUUGUGCUUGGUGUUCUCUCUCAAUCCUACAUCUCUUGAUCUGCUUUGAGUCUAUCAGAUGUCAGAUUUUUAAGGAGACUCAACAAAGCAGAGAAUUUAAGCUUGUAUUCUUGAGAUGCUUUUUGUCUUUACUACUUUUAAUAUCUAUAUACCUGGAAGACCAACACAGAGUGGCCCAGAUGAAGCAUCAUACAUUCAUGGACACAUCAUUAGCCCUGUUGGUCCCUGAUGGAAAGGGAUAGUCUCAUGGACCAGCCUCCUAUACUGCAGGAGCAUAGGCAGCACAGCUGGCCAUAUACUCCAACAGCAAGACUUGACAGCAUAUACAGGCUCCAGUGGAAGUUAGCAGAAUUUUUCAAAGGUGUCUUCAAGGUAACAGUUUUACAGGAUCUAGUGGAAGUUACUUGGAUUUUCAAGGGUGUUUUCAUGAUUCUGGGGAUGACUUAACAGACUCUAGUAAAAAUAAGUGGGGACUUAAAAUUCAACAUCAUCACUUGAGAAAAAUAUCCAUGUUGCCUUUGAAAAAUUCUCAAGAGAGAACAAAGCCUUUAAGAAUACAAACAUAUGAGGCACGAGGCUUUCUUUAAAGCACCAUUCACCAUAGGCGAUUGUGACUAAUGACAGUGAUUACAAAAAUAUCUACUAAUUUUAAAUAUCAUAUAUACCUUAUAAAAAUCUGAUGAGCUUGAAUGACCCACCAUUCUACACUAAAAAGUCUACUAGUAAGGAGAGAGAGAGAGAGAGAGAGAGAGAGAGAGAGAGAGAGAGAGAGAGAGAGAGAGAGAGAGAGAGAGAGAGAGAGAGAGAGAGAGAGAA